AUUCAUAAUUUUUUUUUCUCCACAGAACACAUCACAGUGAUCUCAUCCCUCCCGGCUUCCAGCUUGUGGUCUAAAGAAGGCUCCUAUACUAUUUACUGCAUUAGACUGGAAAGCAAAUAUUCCCAAAUAUAAUACCAAACUCCAUCACAUGGAGGAACACGGGUCAGGACUCUAAACAGGAAUACUAAAUACAGAGCAUGGGUGCAAGCAAGACUCACAGUGUGAACACAGACUAAGAAUCCUCAUGUUGGUAUAACAGGUUUCGGAUGAAAUAAGAUCCGGAUGAAGCCUCCUGUAUACUCCUGUAUACUCCUGUAUAGAGGAGACUCUUCACAUCUGACUGCGGACUCUUCUAGCAGCUGCUGGUGAGUGAUACAUUGUAUCCAUUUCUCCUAUAGACAGUUACAUAUCAGUCAUGUGACUAGUUGUAGAUUCUUAAUACUCAAUGAUCGGGAUUUUAUUGUCUUUAAUGCUAAAAUCUCAUCUAUGAAUUUCCCCAUAUAACUCUGUUUAUACCGGGGACACGGAGCUCUGUAUUGGGAAACCAUUCAGCUGCCUCCAAUAGAUAGAAAAACUAAUAAUAUAAAGUUACAUAAAAGAUGCAAAAGGAUCUCAACCCCUUUAAGGUUAAAAUAAACCUUUCCAUUAUUGCCUUAUUACAUCCUGACAGCCAUAACCUUGUGAUAUUAUUCUGGUUUCUCUGUAUAAGAUUUUGUUCUUAAAGGGGUUCUCCACCAUAAGGUGAUUUUAGUACGUACCUGGCAGACAGUGUUGGACAUGCUUAGGAAGGAUCUGCGCUUGUCUUGGGGCUAAAUGGCUAUGCUGUGAGAUUACCAUAACACACUGGAUAGCUUUUUGUGAACUGGUAUUUCCUGUUUGAGUUUUCAUCUUUUCCUACAAAUCCCAUAAUUCCAUUUUCCUCCCUCCCACACAUCAGCCACCCCAACCAUUGAAACAUAAAUGAGCUGCAUCCAUUCAAAAGACCUGUGGUUUUCAAUCAGGGUGCCUACAGCUGUUGCAUUAUUUGCAGAUUGAUCCCGCCACCCAUUGAAGCAGACAGGCUCCCUGUCAUCAGCUGACUAGUGAUGUCAGGUCUCGGCCGCAUUGCAACCUGGGAAAAAUCUGAGACAACAGUAAUUUUGUAUGCUGGUAAAAAUAAAUAUUGGGAUAAAAAUCCCAUAAGAAUUGUGAGGAAACUGUCACACACAGGUACAGACACUAUAUUAUGAACCACACAAAUUUUGCAGCCCCUGUAGCAUAGUCAAAUAAAACAAAUUCCUGGAAUAUCCCUUUAAGACAUGCAGGUUCUGUAGACUUUGCUAUAGGCUCCAUAUACUUGUAUAAUGUUUAAAGGGGUAUUCCAGGAAAAAAUUUUUAUUUUUAUUUCAACUGGCUUCAGAAAGUUAACCAGAUUUGUAAAUUACUUCUAUAAAAAAAAUCUUAAUCCUUCCAGUAGUUAUCAGCUGCUGAAGUUGAGUUGUUCUUCUAUGUCUGACCACAGUGCUCUCUGCUGACACCUCUGUCUGUCUCAAGAACGGUCCAGAGCAGAAGUGGUUUCUUAUGGGGAUUGGCUCCUACUCUGGACAGUUCCUGACAUGGACAGAGGUGUCAGCAGAGAGCUUAUUAUUUUGCCAUAGUGAUAAUAUAAUAGACACAGGCUACAGGGGGCACAUACUUAUGAUGAAAUAACUUGUUUCUUUCAGAAAAAUGAAGCUUUUUAUCUUAUUCUAUCUGAGCCAUUCUCUGCUCUGUACACCUGUGUAUGGUGACCACGACGGACAACAAGAUGACGACCGCGACCACCAGGAUACUGAGGCAAAGACUAUAGACCAGAUCGCUCAAGAUAGUGUCAGGAUCUCCGACCAGCUCUUCGCCCACCUGACUGCUGCUCACCCCAAUAAAAAUAUACUGUUCUCCCCAUUGGCCAUUUCAGAUGCACUUUCUUUUCUCUUUCGUAAUGACAAAUCUAAGACCCUCCAGGUGGGUGAUGGACUCAGUUUCCAAAACCCUUCGGCGUCAGAAGAAACUAACAACGAGGGCGACCAGGAGCUUCUAAACAUCGUAAACCAACCUGAUAGUGACCCUAAAGUGGACGUCACCAACAAUCUCUUUAUUGAUAACAAUGUAAAACCACUCGAUUUCCAAAAUAUAGAAGAAGCUGCAAAACUGGAGAAAUCCAACGGGAAAAUGGAAGAUUCCUUGAACAAUCUUGAUCCACAGACAGUUCCAGUUCUUGUAAAUACGAUUUCCUUCAAAUGGUCCUGGGAACGUCCCCUCAAUGUAAACAAUACCCAAGAAGAAGAUUUCCAUGUGGAUAAGAAGAUGAUGGUGAAGGUCCCGAUGAUGAGUAGAGAUGGAGUCUACCCUGUGGCCUACUUACCUGAGAUCGGAUGUACGGUGCUGGAGGUCCCCUACAAAGGCAAUGUCUCCGCCAUCUUUAUUCUACCAGAUGAAGGAAAAAUGAAAGAUGUCGAAAAAGCUUUUAACAUUGGAGAACUAAAGGCCUGGACCAAACGAAUGAGACCAAUGUAAGGAAGGAGUAAGAGACUAUAUCAAUAACAUUACUGAUCCUGUACUGAUCCUGAGUUAUAUCCUGUGUUAUACUCUAGAGCUGCACUCACUAUUCUGCUGGAGGGGUCACUAUGUACAUACAUUACAUUACUUAUCCUGUACUGAUCCUGAGUUAUAUCCUGUAUUAUACUCCAGAGCUGUACUCACUAUUCUGCUGGUGAGGUCACUGUGUACAUACAUUACAUUACUUAUCCUGUACUGAUCCUGAGUUAUAUCCUGUAUUAUACCCCAGAGCUGUACUCACUAUUCUGCUGGUGAGGUCACUGUGUACAUACAUUACAUUACUUAUCCUGUACUGAUCCUGAGUUAUAUCCUGUAUUAUACACCAGAGCUUUACUCACUAUUCUGCUGGUGAGGUCACUGUGUACAUACAUUACAUUACUUAUCCUGUACUGAUCCUGAGUUAUAUCCUGUAUUAUACUCCAGAGCUGUACUCACUAUUCUGCUGGUGAGGUCACUGUGUACAUACAUUACAUUACUUAUCCUGUACUGAUCCUGAGUUAUAUCCUGUAUUAUACUCCAGAGCUGUACUCACUAUUCUGCUGGUGAGAUCACUGUGUACAUACAUUACAUUACUUAUCCUGUACUGAUCCUGAGUUAUAUCCUGUAUUACACCCCAGAGCUGUACUCACUAUUCUGCUGGUGAGAUCACUGUGUACAUACAUUACUUAUCCUGUACUGAUCCUGAGUUAUAUUCUGUAUUAUACCCCAGAGCUGUACUCACUAUUCUGCUGGUGAGGUCACUGUGUACAUACAUUACAUUACUUAUCCUGUACUGAUCCUGAGUUAUAUCCUGUAUUAUACUCCAGAGCUGUACUCACUAUUC